GGCGCGAAGCGGGGCCCUCCGCCGCCCCGCGCGCCCAUGUACGCCUUCUACUCGCUGCUCAUCUACAUCUUCUACAGCCUCUUCCGUAGGGAUGGCGGGGCUGCGGCGACCGGCGACCCCGAGGACCCCGCCCAGAGUGCGGGUUGCAAGCGCGGGGGUCGCCGCCGCCCCGACCAGCCCACGGCGGAGCUGUGGACCGAGCUGACAGGCCUGGUCGGCCUCCCUGGGUGCUCCGAAUCUGAGGAUGGGCGGGAAGAGGGAGCCGAAGGCCGCGCUACGGAGGUCUCCCUGGAAGAGGCUCUCGUGCGUCUUGCUGAGUUCCUCUCCGUCCAGCUGGGGGCGGAAGAGAGCUCCGGGAGUCCUCCUGACCUGACCAAGCCGAGCGAUGUCCCCCCACUGUUGACGGUGACUGGUCAGCUCUUGGCCCUCCUGGCAUGGAUUCGGAGCCCCAGGGGAAGGCAGGCCCUGUCCCAGGGGACUCAGCCGGCGUUGGAGGGGCAGUGCCCCACUCCCGUGGGAUCCCCAUCUCGAGAAGAAAGCCCUUCCCUUUCACCAAGGGAUGAGGCCCAAGGGCAGAACCCUCCCCAGCUGGAGGAGGACCGGAGGGCGUGGCAGCGGCUGGAGCAGCUCAUCCUGGGGCAGCUGGAAGAGCUGAAGCAGCAGCUGGAACUGCAGGAGGAGGAGCUAGGCCGCCUGCGCCUGGGAGUGGGUUUCUCUCUCCGCCAGGGGGCGACAGACUCAGAGAAGAGGGUCCAGCAUCUGACCCUGGAGAACGAGGCUCUGAAGCAGAGCCUGAGCCUCAUGCGGGAUCUCCUGCUGCACUGGGGCCCCGCACCCUCCACCAGGGCCCCCCAGGAGGAGGCAGAGGCGUUGGUGGAGCUCCAGGGUCGGCUUCAGGAAGCCCAGGACACCACAGAAGCUCUUCAAGUCCAGCUGGGGGUGCAGGAGGUGCAGCUGCAGGGCCUUCGGGGGGCCCUUCGGCAGCUCCAGCAGGAGACAGAGCAGAACUGUCGAAGGGAGCUGCAGCAGAUGCACGGGCAGCUGGCAGGACUCCGGGCACGGAUGGCUAGCCUGCGCCAGGGCUGUGGGGACCUCCGAGGCCUGGUCAGCACAUUUACCCAGAGCUGUCAGUGUUCGCUCAGUGAAGCCCGGGGUCAGGUGUCCUGGGCCCUGGGAGCACUGUCAGCUGGCAGGGGUGGGACUCAGCUCCCUGAGGAGCAGCGGGGGCCCCCGACUGGAUGCCCGGGGCGGCUGCUGGAGCUCAAGGGAAAUAUCCGUGUGCUGUGUCGGUUGAGGCCAGGGACACCCUCCAGCCUGGUGAGCUCGGAGCCUGGCCCCAGUGGCACGGUCACCACCUGCUAUCGAGGGCGCCAGCGUCGCUUCCGCCUGGACUGGGUCUUCUCUCCAGAGGCCAGCCAGGAGGAGGUCUUCAGGGAGCUGGAACCAGCUGUGCUGUCCUGCCUCCGUGGCUACAGUGUGUGCAUUUUUACCUACGGUCAGACGGGGACAGGCAAGACCUACAGUAUGGAGGGCCCACCUGAGGACCCUGGCAUAGCUCCUAGGGCACUGCAGUCGCUGUUCCAGGAGAUGGGGACCGGAGGGCAACAUCGCGUGACUCUCAGCAUGGUGGAGAUCUACAACGAGGCCGUCAGGGAUCUCCUAGCCCCAGGGCCUCCUGAGCGGCUGGCCGUGAGGCAGGGCCCAGCAGGCCAGGGGGGCAUUCAGGUGGCUGGCCUCACCUACUGGGAUGUGCCCAACCUGGAGACGCUGCACCAGAUGCUGAGCCUGGGGAGGAGCAACCGGGCCACCGCCGCCACCUCCAAGAACCGGCACAGCUCUCGGUCGCAUGCCUUGGUCACGCUGACCUUGCGCGCGGCGUCCCCACCGCGCGGGCCAGGCACCGCAGGUACCGAGGCGCGCACCCGAGCCCCGCGGGUCGUGGGGGCUCACAGCACCCGAGACCAGGGAUCCCUCCACGUCGGGCUGGCUCGCCCCCGCAGGCACGCUGCAUCUGGUGGACCUGGCGGGAUCCGAGCGUGCCUGGAAGGCGGGGGCAGCCGGCCCGUCGCGGGGAGACCGAGACGGCGCCCAGCGUCUGCGGGAGGCCCGGACCAUCAAUCGCUCGCUGCUGGCCCUGGGGGGCGUGAUGGCCGCGCUGCGGGCCCGCCGGCCACACGUGCCCUUCCGCGACUCGCAGCUCACGCGCCUGCUGCAGCCGGCGCUGGGACCCGGCGCCACGGCGGUGCUGCUGCUGCAGAUCUCCACGCGGCCCGAGGACCUGGGGGAGACCGUGUGCUCGCUGAAGUUCGCCGAGCGCGUGGGCCGAGUGGAGCUGGGGCCCGCCCGGCGCUGCAGGGCCCCGCGCUCUGGGACGCCCUCCUCCCUCAGCACCGACACGCCCCUCACCGGGACCCCCUGCACGCCCACGCCGUCCCCCGGCAGCCCUCCGAGUCCCGGCGCGGAGAGCGACUCCGGCUCGGCUCUCGGGACCCAAAAGAACGUGUCCUCCUAGCCUGGACUCGCACCUCUGCCGACAGAGCUCCUACACCCUCACAACCUCCUUGAUCUCUGAGACCCCCUCUCCCCCCAAGUUGGUUCCCCUAACCCAAGAGUGAGGAGUACUUAGCGCAGCGACAGAACUGACCCUCCCUCCCCCAGGCCCUCCGCUCCCUCCUUAUCACCAUUUGCUGUUAUCGCGGCACACAGCGGGGGAUGCCAGACCCGCGGGAGGUGGACCCCGCCAAGUGGUUAGCCCAAUCACCACCCCAUCACAAAAAAUCAGACUUGGCAUUAAAUUGUUGUCUACUCCUUUACUGUUCCAUUCCCCAGGACCACCACCAAAACCAAGUAGGAUUUUGAUUUCCUUUUCCCAAAAAAGGUGCUGCUACCUCAUUCCCAGGCAGAUGAGGGAGGACAGGACUUGAGGCUGGAGCUGAGAUUUAGGUCCUCCCUCCCCCCAGCCCGGAGCCAGGGAGGGGAAGUGACACACGGUGAUGGAUGGGUAGAAAGAAGGACAGACGGACAGAGGAAGUGGGAUCAGGAAGGGGCUGCCGCAAGCAAAGCCCCCACUCUUUCCAGUCUUGUCUCUGGGGGUAAGGGAGGCAUGACGACCAUCAGGGCCAGCCAGGGUGGUGCCCGCUGGAUCACAGCCCUUUGGGGGGGGGCAGUCCAAUAAACAGCAUGGAUUCCCAGUA